AUGAAGAAAAAGGUUUUACUAAUGGGCAAAAGUGGCUCUGGCAAAACCAGCAUGCGUUCGAUAAUAUUUGCCAACUACAUAGCGCGAGAUACGACGCGGCUGGGUGCAACCAUUGACGUAGAGCACUCGCAUGUACGCUUUUUGGGGAACCUAGUACUCAACUUGUGGGAUUGUGGUGGCCAGGAGGGCUUUAUGCAGCAAUAUUUUGCUUCACAGCGUGACAACAUCUUUCGUAAUGUGGAAGUACUUAUUUAUGUAUUUGAUGUGGAGAGUCGCGACAUGGAGCGUGAUGUUCACUACUAUCAAUCGUGCUUGGAAUAUGGUUAG